AUGGCAUUUGAGGACGAGCGGAAGCCAAAGUCAAAAGCUCCGCGACCCUCGCCGACCGAGAGUGAGAGGGAGGUCCGAAGCAUACGCGAAGAAGAGCGGAAGGCCGAGCGGGAGGCCGAGCGGCAGGAGAGAAGGAAGGAGAGACGCGAGGAGAGACGUGAAGAGAGAGGAGAAGAGGAGCGAAAGGAAGAGCAGCGGAGGCGUCCAAAGUCGGGCAAGAAGACAGAUCCUUACGCAAUUGCCAGAUGGCGGGACGAGAAGCAGGGACCGGGAGGCGAGGAACCGUGGAAGGCCGGGUUGGGGCGGAAUCGCUAA